AGCGAGGAAAACAGAUCCUAGAACCAAAAGGAGAAAGAUACACCACGGAGCGCUCUUAACCGUUUGGAGCGGCUUUCCCACCCAGACAAGAAAGUCAUGGGGCGGUGCCAGUGCCGGAAGUGGCCAAACAGCUACCGGCGACAGUCUGCAUAAACAAAGCCGAGCACAGUCGGAGGAGUACCGUGGCCUUGUUGGGCCAGCAGAAACUAUGGAGGGACAUGGAAAAAAUUCAUCUUCAGGUGAACAAAAAUUUCGAAUACCAAGAAAGAAAUCCACACACUCAGAAGAUGUCCAUGUUCAGUCCCCAUUGUCAAGACUUGCAGAUGACCAGCGGUGGGACCACCCAUUCCAAGGGUGGACAUCAGGGCCUAAAAACAAGAAGUUUCACAAAAACUGGAAAAGAAAAAGACCCUCAGACCCUUACACUGGUGAUGAAGAAUCAGCGUUUGGGCAACCCAAAGUUAUGUUGACGAACAUCCUGAAGACGGAAAUAGGAAGAAAAUACAUAAAGACACAAGUUAUAACUGAUGCUAAUUUAUCUCAUGGUGUCAAGUUGCAGUCAGAUCAACAAACCUCAUCGUCUGUUGACACUGUAGAGAUAUGGCAAAUAUUAAGUCCUCUUCAGCAAAGCCUUUUUAUAUCUAAAAGGCAACCCAAAGUUACCUUGACGAAUGUUCUGACGACGAAAACAGGAAGAAAAUACAUUCAAAGGCACCUUUUAACUGAUGCUAAUCUAUCUGAUGCUAACAAGUUGCAAUCAGAUGAACAGAACUCCUCAUCCAUUGCCAGCCUAGAAUCAUGUCAAAAAAUAAGCUCUCAAGAAAGCCGUAUUUUACCUAAAAGGUAUGGAACAUUUCAAAGAAGGUCGAAUGACCAGAAACCAUCGAAAGAUGCAGAAAGUAAUCAUGCUUUGCCGACUCUAAGAAAAUGUGAUGUGGUGCUAGAAGACUGUAGCACAAAGAAUAAAGAAAGAGAUUGGCAUGAUAAAGGAAGAAAAGAUUCUAAGAAUCCCUCUCCUGGUUUAAGGGAAGCAAGCUUUCAAAACAGUGAGAGCAGAAAAAGAAGGGAUAAUGUUUUUCCAAAUCAACGGAAUGUAUAUUCUCCACAGAAAUUACCACUACCAAGCAAAGAACAGAGGACAGAACCAAUUCAGUCACCUGGCUGCAGGGCCUCGGAUGAGAAUCGCCAGAGUCAUAAGCACCAUCCGCAGCAGGAAAAUAUCCCCCAACAGUUGAAAACGGACUGUAGUGAAGAAUUCACCAAUGUUAAUCAGGAGGUCAGCUGUUCAGGCGAAAACCAGCCCUCCUCUUCUCUUAAGAGAAAACAGCUUUCUGUCACCAGUGAGGACAAGCAGGUUUCACCACUAGUCAGCUCUGCUAGGAAGCCGAAAAUGACUGUAACUUUACCUCUGAAAGAGCCACUGAAUAGACCUGAAAGGAAUAAAGAGACGGAUUCAACUGAACCAAUUGUCCUUUCUAGUGAUGAUGAAGAAGGAAAUGCUAAGACAAAAGAUCCAGAGAGACACUUCCAGACUGGGAAAGGCCACAAACCUGAGAAUAAAGAAACAGAACAAGAAUCUGUGCUACCCUUGUCAGAAGAGCUAUUGAAGAAUGCAGCUGAAAGCAAAACAGAUGAGGUUUCAGCUGAACUACUUACACCACACUCCCCUGCAGAUUGUAACAACUUUAGUGAACAGAUGGGUCUUGCCUUAUAUAUAAAGUUUGAAAUGCUUUAUAUAGGGAAAUAUAAAGGAACAGCAACAGGUUGUGCCAGAUUUACAAUCAGUGACAUUAAGAUCCCAUUUGAAGUGGCCCACAAUAAGAAAAUUGAACUGUUAGUGGAUUCCACGCACUUAAGAAAGUUUGGACUGUGGAUGAAUAAAGAUUCCUCAACUUCUAGAAGUAAUGCUAUUAUUUUUCUUUGGCUGUCAUCAGAUUAUGUGGAACAAAUUGAAAAUCAAAUUGGAACAUCUAUAUUAAACAAGCAAGCCAGUAAUACUGAAUUCAUUUUUAUUAAGCUGUCUCAGCUGCUCACAGAAGAAGAGCAGGUCAUGCUGAACAAGAUAAUUGUGGAAGUGAGCAAGAAGAAUGUAUUUCCAGACCUCUCUGACUCCUUACCGUGGGAGGAAGCCAUUCUGUUCCUUAAAGAAAUCUCAUGUGAGGAAAACUCCUUGCUUGACCAGUGCUAUGAGUCAUUCCAGCAUCAGUUACAGAAGGAGAGCCCUUCGGUUCUGAUGGAACCGCCACCUCAGGAAUCAAAAUCAAGCCUCACCAAGCCAAGUUACUUGCUACUGCAGAAGCAAAAUUCUGGUCAAUAUUCCUUUUCCAUCACUUCUCUGCCGAAGAAUGAGUGGAAAGAGUUGCGAGAGACUGGACCCGUUCGGAACUUGAUAGUUUAUCCUCCCCCACCUGCAAAAGGGGGUCUGGGUGUCACAAGAGAGGAUAUGGAAUGUUUGGAGUAUGGAGAAUUCCUCAAUGAUGUAAUCAUUGACUUUUACCUUAAGUAUCUGUUGUUGGAAAAAGCCCCAAAAGAACUUGCUGAGCGGUCACAUAUAUUUAGCAGUUUCUUCUAUAAGUGCCUGACCAGGACGGAAGCAAACACUGAAGAAAACCCAAACCUGUCGAUAGCUCAAAGAAGACACAGAAGAGUAAAAAGAUGGACUCGACACAUAAACAUUUUUAGCAAAGACUACAUAUUUGUGCCUGUGAAUGAAGAGUCUCAUUGGUAUAUUGCAGUUAUUUGCUUCCCUUUGCUAGAAGAAGUUGUAUAUGAGGAUUGUCCAGAUCAGGGUUCACAGCAAAUGUUCUUCCAGCAAUCUCCAUGUCAGCCAGAAAUUAAAAGUGACACUGUUAGAACAAAAACUGUGUUGGUCUUUAAUGAUACCAGGAGUGAUAAAGAGGAGUUAGACUUAAAUAGCAGCCUGCAGCCCAAAGAUAAUGUUCAACAAGCAACUGCGUCUCCGGGAUUGGAUCCCAAAGCUGUCAAAAGUUCCUUAAGCACUUCUAAAACUAAGAAAGUUUGUAAAAGGCCAUGUAUCCUCAUCUUGGAUUCCCUGAAGGCAAGUUCUGUUCAGAACACAGUUCAAGUCUUAAGAGAAUAUCUAGAAGCAGAAUGGGAAGCAAAACGCAAAACAUGUCGUGAGUUCAACAAAUCAACAAUGGUGGAUUUCUGUCCUAGAGUCCCCAAACAGGAUAACAAUAGUGAUUGUGGAGUAUAUUUACUCCAGUACGUGGAAACUUUCUUCCAGAAUCCUAUUGUAAACUUUGAGCUUCCAAUGCACUUGGAGCGGUGGUUCCCUCGCCAGGUGGUGAGAAGUAAGCGGGAAGAAAUUAGAGACUUGAUCUUGCAACUUCACUUGCAGCAGCAGAGUGGCAGCAAAAGCUAGCCAGACUUUUCUUCUGACCGUGCAAAAGGAUUUUGUCCAGAAUUAUUGGAAAUCCAAUCAACAACAUUUGUGCUUUCACUCUUGCAAAGAAGAAAAACGACAGAUAAUGUUUUUCUCAGUGUGUGUUUUAUAUUUGAUUUGUAUUGUAGGUCACUGUGAGAAAAAGGAAAUAUAUAAUUGCGAUUAUUUAAUUUAAAGUAUUUGUUACAUUGACCAAUUUUAUCUGGCAUAUAGAAGCAGCAUAACAGGAAUGUGCUGCAAAGAUGGGAAAGCAUUUUAGCCUAAAAGGUUCAUUCUUAAUUUUCCAAAUACAUCUGGAACUGUGGGAACUAAGCCUGCAUGAGAGGGAGUCAUUAAGGUGCUAUCUUAGGAAUUCAUCCCAUGUGAUGUUUUAGUCAUAUUGAGUUCUCUUGCAGACAUCUAUCCCAUGUCCAAAAAGGCAUGGUGAAAAAGAUUUAUAUUUCUAGUUACUUUGGAUAAGACACAAAUGCUACUGAUCUGUUUUUUUGUUUUGUUUUUUGAGUUUUGAGGUACAUUGGUCUUUUUCAGAAGUUGACAUGCCUAAAACCUUUCUGUGUUACACUAUUGGAACUCAAGAGUAGAGUGUGGAAUCAUGCCUGAAAUUUAGAUAUGUAAUAUGAAGGGAGGGCUCAUUUUUUCUGUGUCUGACUUGAUCACUUAAAUCAGAUUCAGAGUCCUAAUUGUUCUCUGCUGUGCAGCACUUGUGUAUACUAUGAAUACUAUGUAUUUUGCUAUAUAUUAAUAUAUGGCCAUAUGGUCUUCACUGUACUGGAUACAGUUGUAGCUUACAUCUGGCAAGGUGUAACCCUAGUGAGAGAUUUAGUGUUUCAGUCCUGUUAUUUGUUUGUGUGGGGGGAGGGGUAAUUUUUAAGCACCUUGGCUACAAUCCUACGUUCACCUAGGGUGAACUCUAGCAUACAGUGAGCAGGCAUCCAUUUGCGCAGAGGGGCUUCUCCUUCCUCCCCUCCCUCAACAACUCACUCUUGAAUUCUCUAGAGCAGAUUUUGGAAGCACAUGGGGGGCAGGGAGCUGGAGGAGAAGAGAUGCUGAGCAUCCCAUUGCACAAGUGGAUUUCUGUUACACAAGCAGGGGUACAUCAUUGGAUGUUGCUCUUACCUGGGAGAAAGCCCUAUUGAACACACUGGAACUUAGAACCAAGAAAGCAUAUACAGAAUUAUGCUGUGAAUAAUGUAACCAAAUUUUAUGAAAAGAAAAGCUCCUGGUUUAAGACAAACAAGUACUUUACUUAAAAGACUCAUCCUGUUCAGAGACAUAAUGUGCAUUGAAAAGCUGAAUCCUGGUGAUUUCCCCAAGUACUUAUACAUAUAGGGAAAGCUAACCAUGCCAGAAGUUCAACUGAAGUAAAACUGUGUAUUGAACAGCCAUAUGUUUAAAUCUGGAUUGGUCCUGUAUUUUAGAAGCACUGACUGAAUAAAUAUAUUUUUCCCCCCCAGAAAGAUUUGAGUUCAUUCGAAUGCAUGUUUCUGCUGUGACCAGGAACAGAAAGGAUAAGGGAGCUGAUGGAGGAUUUUUUCCCUUUUAUUUAGUACCCAGUAGGUAAAUUAUUAUAUCAUUACUGUGUCUGAAAAGUGUUUAAGGGGGAAAAAACCCUGAACACCUAUAUUAUAAAAUAGUACUUUACUGACAUGGACAAAAGAGU